GGGCGGUAGCGGCGCGGCGCGGCGCGGCGCGGCGUGCGAGCCGGGCGCGCGUGGGGCUGCCGCCUAGGAGAAGCCCGCCGGGCUGCGGAGCGGAGCCCUAGGCAGAAGGAACUUGAGCCGCUCUCUGGAGGACGGCGCGCCAGGCAGCGCGCUGCCGGGCUCAGCAUGCUGAGGGCUCCGAGGCUGGGGUGCUUGGGCCCGGUAACCUGGCGGCUGCUGAGAAAGAUCCGAGGCGGCGGCGGCGGCGGCGGCGGCCUCCGUCGGGUCAGCACCAGCUGGUCUCCGGUCGGAGCCGCCUUCAAUGUCAAAACGCAGCCCGAGCGUGAGAAGCUGUUCGGAGAGCGCCGGGGUCUGUUUGGUGUCCCAGAGCUAAGUUCUCCUGAAGGAUUUUUUGUUGCACAAGAAAAAGCCCUAAGACAAACUGAGUCUCUAGUAGAGAGUGCAUGUGCUACACCACCUGGACCACAAACUGUGUAUAUCUUUGAUCAGCUUUCAGAUGCCUUGUGCAAAGUGGCAGAUUUGGCUGAUUUUGUGAAAAUUGCGCAUCCUGACCCUGCAUACAGAGAGGCAGCCGAAGAAGCCUGCAGAAACAUUGGUACCAUGGUAGAAAAGUUAAAUACAAAUGUGGAAUUAUAUCAAAGUUUGAAAAAAUUAUUAUCAGAUGAAAAACUUGUGGCUUCUCUUGAUCCUGAAACCAGGAAAGUGGCAGAAUUAUUUUUGUUUGAUUUUGAGAUAAGUGGAAUCCAUUUGGAUGAAGAAAAGCGUAAAAGAGCAGUGGACCUUAAUGUAAAGAUCUUGGAUCUGAGCAGUGCUUUUAUUAUGCAAACCCACUUUCCGAACAAAAUUGACAAGCACCUCUUACCUAACCAUAUCCUUUAUAACUUUGUACAUGAUGGAGAUCAUGCAUUAAUCAGUAGUUUACAUGCAGAAUCUUCGGAUGAUUUGGUACGAGAAGUGGCUUACAAAGUUUUUCUUUACCCCAAUCCUGACCAACUGAACUGUUUAGAAGAAUUACUUAGCAGUAGAGAUCAUCUUGCAAAAUUGGUAGGCUAUUCCACGUUUGCCCAUAGAGCUCUUCAAGGAACAAUAGCUAAAAGCCCAGAGAUUGUAACAGAGUUCCUUGAGAAAUUGUCUGAAAAACUUUCUGAAAGAACUAUAAAAGAUUUUGAGAUGAUGAAAGAGAUGAAAAUGAAACUAAAUCCUCAAAAUUCAACAUUGAUGCCUUGGGAUCAUCCUUAUUACAGUGGUGCCAUUCGUGCAGAGAGGUAUAAUAUUGAGCCCACUUUAUAUUGCCCAUAUUUUUCGCUUGGUGCUUGUAUGGAAGGUCUGAACUUACUAUUCCAUCAGCUCUUAGGGAUCUCUUUUUAUGUGGAACAGCCAGAAAAAGGUGAAGUGUGGUAUGAAGAUGUUCGAAAACUGGCUGUGGUUCAUGAAACUGAGGGACUUUUGGGAUACAUCUAUUGUGAUUUCUUUCAGCGAGCAGACAAACCACAUCAGGACUGUCACUUUACAAUCCGUGGGGGAAGAUUAAAGGAAAAUGGUGAAUAUCAGCUCCCAGUAGUAGUUCUUAUGCUGAACCUUCCUCAUUCAACAAAUAAUGUACCACCUUUAUUAACUCCUGGAAUGUUGGAGAAUCUUUUUCAUGAAAUGGGACAUGCCAUGCAUUCUAUGUUGGGGCGUACUCGUUAUCAGCACGUUACAGGGACAAGAUGCCCCACUGAUUUUGCUGAAGUUCCUUCUAUCUUGAUGGAGUACUUUGCAAGUGAUUAUAGAGUGGUUAACCAGUUUGCAAAACAUUAUCAGACUGGCCAGGCACUGCCCAAAAAUAUGGUGUCUCGACUUUGUGAAUCCAAAAAGAUUUGUGCUGCAGCUGAUAUGCAACUUCAGGUCUUCUAUGCAACUUUGGAUCAAAUCUACCAUGGAAAGCAUCCCUUAAAGAGGUCAACCACAGACAUUUUAAAGGAAACACAGGAGAAAUUUUAUGGGCUCCCAUAUGUACCAAACACUGCCUGGCAGCUGAGAUUCAGUCACCUUGUAGGAUAUGGUGCCAAGUACUAUUCUUACCUCAUGUCUAGGGCAGUAGCUUCCAUGGUUUGGAAAGAAUGUUUUGUUCAUGACCCAUUUAGCAGGGCUAUGGGGGAGCGCUAUCGCAGGGAGAUGCUGGCGCAUGGUGGUGGCAAAGAGCCUAUACUCAUGGUUCAAGGUAUGCUUCAGAAGUGUCCCUCUGUUGAAGAUUUUGUCAGUGCUCUUGUUUCAGACUUGGAUAUGGACUUUGAGACAUACUUUAUGGAUUCUUGAAGGAUGUGGAAAUACCCCCAUUUGUUUUCAUACAAAAUCAUGUGGUUUAAUAACUACAUUGGAAAUAAACAAAG